CGCCACGGCGAAAAAGGGACUCAUCCUCUUGGCUUUCUCAGAGGUGCGCGUGCCAUCGACAGAGAGAGAGAGAGAGAGAGAGAGAGCGCUGAACGUCACGGGGACGGGACGCUCGGUAGAGAAAGAGGGAGGGAAGAACGAUUGGUUCGAUAGCUCGCAAUCGCUCGCAGACGCUCGACUCGUGCGGCUCGCCGCCGCGGUGUGCGCACUAUCGCUCUGGACGUUGCAAAAGUUACUCGGGUUGGGAGAAAAAAAACCGCAGCGUAACUGAAUAAGGGUCUAAAGGUUCGCGAGAGAGGGAGAAAGAGAGAGAGAGGGAAUAGAGACAGAGAGUGCUCGCAUGAGAGAGGGAGAAAGAAAGCGAGCGAAGACCGAGAGAGAGAGACGGAGGCUGACGAAGGAAGAAAGAAAUAAGGAGAGCGAGAGACCAAGACUCGCGAGUUCGACAGAGCUCGCGAUCGAGGAAACAUUGACGGGCCGACGGACGGAUGGAGGAGCCGACAGCGGGGGAUGUUUUUCACGAAUCAUUCCUGCGGGGACAGUCCAACCUGGAAGAAGUCGCAAAGUGCUUUUGAGGUUAUGUGUUGUUGAGGGAGGACGACAUUCUCGCGAUUGGGCGAUACGUAGUUCGAGCGAAGUCUCGGAGGGAAGAGAAUAGGAUCAGACCCACACGAAUGGAUGAUGCUUGGAGGCAAUGAACGGCAUGGAGAAGCAUGGUCAUGGUCAUGGGCAUGGGCAUUCGCACUCACACCGCCACCGCCACUCUCAUGGCAACUCUCAUGGCAACUCCCAGAGCUCGGCACAGAACUCAAGCCAAGCCUCCUCCAAGCAUGGCCACAGUCACGUGACCCACUCGCAGAAGGACGUAGCUGUGCCAGCAGUAAGCCAGAAGCAGAGGAAUUACAAGUUGCUGGUUGAUCCGUUCUUAGUCAAGGGAGCUGCUAAGCUGUGCAGAUACGAUGGCACAGUGCCUGGAGAUCCCACGUAUCCACAGGUGCAGCCACGAGAUCCCAGGUCGCAAUUGACAAGGAUCUGGACCCGAUUGGAACAGCUGGACCUGCCUGUGCCUAGAUUCAAGAUCGACUCCAACUACUGCGGAGAGCCACCACCACUGGAAGUGACGUUUUGCCACUUGAACGACAAUAUCGACAAGAUAUUCUUGACAAACAUGGUUCAGAAGUUCGGCAUCGUGGAGGAGCUCACUAUAUAUUAUCACCCAAUGACCAACAAACAUCUGGGCAUCGCGAGGGUCGUGUUCGAGUCGACCAAAGCGUCGAAAGCGUGUGUGGAGAAACUGAAUAACACAUCUGUGAUGGGGAAAGUGCUGAGGGUCUUUCUGGACCCGUUUGGGGAGGAGUGCAAGAAGAUGUUCGACGAGCUGACUGUGGAGAAGAAGCCGGAAAAGAAGGCGGAGAAGGAGGUGGUCGCGGCGCCGGUAAAGCCCGAGUCCGAGCCGGAGAAGCACCAGACUCCCGUGGAGAAGGCUCUGCCCGAGGAGCGGGACGACUUUAGGAGCAGUAAAAAGCCUAUUCUAAGUUUAGAGAAGAAUAGAGAGCCGUACGUGGAAAAUUCCAGGUACAGCAAGUACCGGGACUACCCGACGCCGGGCGGCAGCACGGGCAGUGACUUGGGCUACGGCACGGCGCCCAGUGAACUAAACUACUCGAAUAAUUAUUCUCAGAACUCUACUCCGGCUACGAACUAUGACUUUUACUAUAGCAGUUAUCAUCAUCAGCCGCCGAACAGCUACCUGGCCAGCAUGUCGCAGAACGUGUCGCAGAAUUUGCCGAUGCAGCAGAACUCGAACGUAUGGUGGGCCAAUAAUUCCGGCUCCACGGGGUAUCCGUCAUCAGCUUCCGUCUGGUCUGUGCAGACGCACGCGACGAAUCUGGAUGACGUUAAUUCUAACGCCACAUCGAUUAGUAAUAAGACUUCUAGUGUCAAAGUCACUCAUCACACUCCCAAGAAGGAGAAGGAGAAUCAAGUUGCGCCGAAGAGCACGCCGCGCGACUCUCCUGACGAGACCCGCAAGACCUUGGACUUAGAUACGAGAAUUGCCAUGUUGCUGAAGGACAAGGCCGGCGGGAUGGCGCCGCCUUUUUUACAAUUCGGCAGCGACUCUGAGGAUGAUAAGAAGUCCCAAUACGGUGACAGUGAGAUGCUCUCGGACACCCCGAGUCCCUUCUUGUCGCGCGAGAUCUACAAAUCGUACUUCGACAAGAUGGUAGAGAGAAACAAGGAACGCAGGAAAGCCCAUGAGAAUAGCAUUAGUCAAUUUUCCGUAGAUGAAGACCUGGGUAGUGUUAUCAGUUCUAGUGAAGACGAGGCCUUGUUGGGCAGUUACAGUCCGGCAAUCGACGACAAUGAGCCGGAGCCACCUAAGGAACCGCCUCCACCUCCACCGCCUGACGACGACAGGAUGUCACUGAGUCCUCUGAGUUCAGGUGACGAGAAGAUCGAAGAAGUGAUAGCACAAACCGAAACUACGGGUCAACUGUACCCGGCAGCUUACUCAGGACAAUUAACGCAAUAUCCUUCGAAUGAUGUUUAUAAUUGGCCACGACCAACGCAAUACCCUUAUCCAUACGGUGCGACUUACUUGCAAAGUCAUUAUCAGCCCACUACAGCGUCUUUCUCGACGACAGUAGGAAAUCCUCAGGGAGCGAACUAUUAUUCUUCUUUUCAGUCGCGACUACAUGCCAUGGCGAAUUAUAAUUUCACGAAGGACCCCCAGGGUCCCACCAUCAAUGGAGUUUUGAGCACAGUUGUAAACGAACUCAAGCAGAUCUUAAAAAAAGACUUUAAUAAGAAAAUGAUCGAGAACACCGCGUUCAAAUUGUUCGAGGUUUGGUGGGAUGAGAAGAAGUCGGAGAAAAGUCAAGUUCAGGGUAGUGGCGACAAUGUUGUUGUCAAUAAUACGACUAAAGAAGACGUUACGAAACCACAAGGAUUGUCAUCUUUGUUGGAACAAGCGACUCCACUGGGACUCAACUAUGACGGAUUUGGCUUGGGUAUUAGAGCUAGUAUGCCAAAGAUGCCUUCAUUCAGGCGCAAGAUCAAAGCUCCAAGCCCAUUGCCGCAAGAGGAUGAGGACAGUCGGCAGUCUGUUCACGGUGACAUGGAGACGAUCGAGAGUGAAAGCGACUUGGACGCACCGUCAACACAAAAAGCAAAGAGAACGAUGGCCGCGAGCGUCUCUUCUUCAUCCUCAUCGUCGUCUUCCGUGGAGAGCAGUAGCGAUGAAAUUAGCUUCAGCGAAUCUUCCAGUAGCUCGAGCGAGAGUUCCGAUGAAGAAGAAGCGUCUGGAAACUUCGAAGACGAGCAAGACACAGAUAGUCGCAUGUCCGACAACAGGCCUUUGGCUUGCAAUAGCAAGGAUCCUGAUAUAUUGACGGAAUUGGCGAUUCAAAGGUCGUUGAACUGUCCUACGCCGACCGGCAGGGAGACACCGGUGCCGGAUGUCAAAAUCAAAGAUCAAUAUUCGGACGAGUUCCCUCAGAUCGAGAACGACGACAGCAGUCCGUUACCUUCUCCCGCGAGAUAUGAAGUCAAGGAAGAGGAGGCACCUUCUGAGAAGGUGCCCGCCGCGGAAGAGAAGCCCUUCGAAGUGUGUAGGAAUCUGGACAAGGAAAUAAAGGACGUAACAAGACUCGUGAAGGAGAGUGAGCCGCAGAGAGAGGUGAAACCCGCGCCUACGAUAAGUCCGGUCAAGGAUGAGGCUCAAGCGGAUAUGCAGAAGAUGGAGAACUUUGCCGCGGAGGCCUUGAUGACUUUGGCCGGACGGGACAAUAUCAUACGCCACGAAAGCCCGGGACCUAUACAGCCCAAUAUCAUCAGAGCGCUGCAGACGAUGUCGUUGAAGUAUAUCGAUGACGAGCCAAUUUUGAAGGAAUCCGAGAAGAUCGAGAUGUUCAGUGAAAUUCCUACGACGGAUUCAGAGGAGGAAAGCUUAGAAAUUAGAAGAUUAAGAUACCAAGCGGAAGCGGAUCUCCGAUUAAACGGACAGCGAACACCUAGUUCUCCCGGAUCCCAGGCGUCGCACGUAUACCUGGAACAUUCAUAUUCGUUGCCGCCCGUACUUCCGGAACGCGCGGAACCAGUAUGCGGCUUACCGGCGGCUUCGGUGAAGGUGAAACACACGAAGAUCGUGAAAUUAACGAAAGCCAAGGAAAAGGACAAAGAAAAGGACAAGGAAAAAGUACAUAAAGUGGAGAAACGGAAAUCCAACAAAUAUACGAAAAUACACAGCAACAGUCAUCAGAAUCGCGAGGGCGAGAAAGAAAAUAUUCAAAAUGACUAUGUGUAUGAAAAGUUGCCUAAGCAGGUCUCGCAAUCAUUGGUCACUUACAAGGAACGAGAUCUCAUGUCGGAAAUGGCGGUUUUGUACGAGUUCUUGACCAGAGGAAUUGACAUAGAGGAUGUGGAGUACUUGAGAAGGAGUUACGAAGCCCUGUUGGCGGAUGACAGCCAAGGUUACUGGCUGAACGACACGCACUGGGUCGAUCAUCCACCAACUGACGUACCAAGCCCUGCGAAGAGGAGGAAACGAGACGAGCUGCGGUUGCACGCGAGCGGAAGCGCUAGAACUGAGGGAUAUUACAAGGUCGACGUCAGAGAAAAGGCGAAACACAAACACCAUUAUGCUCAAAGUAUACAACGCAGCAACGAUGUUGUGGAAGACAGCGGAGGUUCUUACACUGGAGGAGACGGCGUAAUGAAUGGUCCAAAGAGUAAUUCUAAAGCGUUAACUGGCAAGAUGCAAGCAUUAUCUCGUGAAGCGCGAAGCAAUCAGCGUCGGUUAUUGACGGCAUUCGGAAUUGAUACAGAUAGUGAUCUCCUUAAGUUUAAUCAAUUAAAGUUCCGCAAGAAGCAGUUGAAAUUCGCCAAGUCCGGCAUUCACGAUUGGGGCUUGUUCGCCAUGGAACCGAUCGCGGCGGAUGAGAUGGUCAUAGAAUAUGUUGGACAGAUGGUUAGACCGGUUGUGGCUGACUUGCGAGAAUCCCAAUACGAGGCCACGGGGAUCGGUAGUUCUUACCUCUUCCGUAUCGAUUUAGACACGAUUAUCGAUGCGACGAAGUGCGGCAAUUUGGCGCGGUUCAUAAAUCACAGUUGCAAUCCAAAUUGCUACGCAAAAGUAAUCACGAUCGAAAGCCAAAAGAAGAUUGUAAUCUACAGUAAACAACCGAUAGGAGUUAACGAAGAAAUUACCUACGACUACAAGUUUCCAUUGGAAGAUGAUAAGAUCCCUUGCCUUUGUGGAGCUCCACAAUGCCGGGGUACUCUCAACUGAAUUGUUCACGACACUACAUUGUUCAUCAUUUUUCUGUCUUCUAUACUUCAUCGCGCCCUACUCAUAUUUUUGUAAAUAUUCCCCCAUGUAAACAUUUUAUAAAAAUGCAAUGGAAAAAUACUAAAUUAUGUUAAGAUGCAUUCUUACAUUAUUUGUGAAAUUCUCUCUUUUGACCCAAUUCUGAACAGAGUGAUAUUGAAAAUUAAUGUGUGAAGCAUUGUUAUCGUUUAUUAGUCAUUUUACAUUGUCAUUUGAUGUUUACAGUCCCAUUAAACAUAGAAUGUUAAGUAACUUAUUUACAAAGGAAAAGCAGGAUUAAAAUUAUAAUUUAUACGUU